GAAAACCCAAGGAAACAAUACCAACACUUUGAGUCAAAAAACCCCAGAAAUUGGUUUUUCGGCCAAAUAGUACCAAGGAGGAGAAUUUCCAUUACAUCUUAAGUUCUACGAAAUAGAAAUUCAACUCAUCAAAAACAGAUAAAAUGGCCCUAAGAUCAGUUUCUCGUCUUUUCACCCGUCGUGCUUUGAGCACCAGUGCCGUACGUGCUGAUGAGAUGAGUUUCACCUUCGCCUCCGGCAACCAAGUGUUCUACGACUCCGUGUCAGUAAAACAAGUGGACGUACCCUCAUUCUCCGGUAACUUCGGUAUUUUGCCCAAGCACGUACCCAUUUUGGCUGUACUGAAACCAGGUGUUGUCAGUGUUAUUGAAGACAGUGGCUCCGUAAAGAAAAUCUUUGUGUCCAGUGGCACAAUCACUAUCAACGACGAUUCUUCUGUACAGAUUUUGGCUGAAGAAGCUCAUCCAGUUGAAAAUUUGGAUGCCUCUGCUGCCAGGGAUGUAUUGAGCAAAGCCCAAAGUCAACUCUCACAAGCCUCCACUGAACAGGCUCGUGCUGAAGCUGCCAUUGCUGUAGAAGUAGGAGAGGCCCUUGUUAAAGCUAUUGAAUAAGUUAUAAUUCCAUAUUAGUUAUCAGCAUCUUGUAUAUUACAAAUAAAUACUUUAAAUUAA